CAGUCUGCCACGCUCAAGCGGUUCAGUGCUGCGCGAGGACUUCAUACACUACAGUACAUCACUCUUUCCACUAUGGCUCGCAUUCGCAGAGCGAAAAGCCAAGAAAAGGCCGCAGAAGCCGAAGAAAGCAGUUCCGAAUCAGAGACCCUAGCGUUCACGGAAGAAGAGCAAUGGCGGAUCAAACCUCCGGAAGAGGACGAGGAGGGCUUGCCCCUGGCUGAAGAGAUCUUCAACGCGACGCUCUUCAUCAUACCCAUGUCCUUCCUGUUAUUGCUGAUGGAAAUUCUGGUGCAUUGGCAGUACGGGAAGCGGCCCACGUAUCAGGCGUUGGCGGAUAGGAUGCUUCCGGGAGUGCCUAUCCUGUCGAUAUUCAUCUUCUACACGGCCCGAUACAAGCGCUUCCGCUGGAUGCAGUUCCUGCUCUUCAUCCUCUCGCUCGCGGUAGGCCCGCGCCUCAUCUGGCUCAUCAACAUGGCCUCCUGGCGGGUCGUCAUGCAGCAGGUCACUAGAUCUGGGGCCCGCUUUGCCAGCUUGGUCAUCAUUGGCAGCUGGCUGUGGUACUCCGGCAUGAAGAUCAUCCUCUAAGCCGUGGACUAGUGCCCGCUGGCCCACGCGCACGAUACAGCGUGGCGCGUUCUUCUUCAUGCAUAACUCUCCGGACUAUGAAAUCUUCGCUCCAGAUGUUCGUUAUAUCUCACCGCUGCCAAUAUAUUCGAUGCCGCCCGUUCAGGGCCCCGAUCGUCGACCGUACCCGCCGCAAGCUAGGACCGGUCAGUCCCGCGUCUAGACUAUACAU